CUGUUCCGUUUCAAGCUCUUUAUCGGUUCUUGCAUGUGCGCGACCGUUUUUUCGGCCGUAAACAGACAGGCAAACCGGCAAGUCGAAGCGCACUAAUGUUGUUCGUUCACAAACAAUGAAUAGCUGUCAGAAAUAAGCGCUUGAGAGACCGUCGGCUGACGACGACCCGCGCUGAAAUUCCUAGACAGGAGAGACAGAGAGAGGAGGAGAAAGCUGCAGUUGACAGGUGCCGUUACUCGGCUUAGUUCAAACUGACCCAAGAUGCCGCCUGUUCAGAGAACUAUGUCAGACCUACGUUCCCGCGCCGAAGGGUAUGAAAAGACAGAAGAUGCAUCGGAGAAGACCUCCCUAGCUGACCAGGAGGAUGCUCGACUAAUAUUCAUCAAUCAGCCCCAGCUAACAAAAUUUUGCAGUAACCGUGUCAGCACAGCAAAGUACAACGUUCUGACAUUCCUGCCACGGUUCCUUUACUCUCAGUUCAGAAGAGCAGCCAACUCCUUCUUCCUGUUCAUCGCACUGUUGCAGCAAAUUCCAGACGUCUCUCCAACGGGGCGAUGGACCACUCUGGUGCCCCUGCUCUUCAUCCUUGUGGUGGCGGCGGUGAAGGAGGUGAUAGAAGACCUGAAACGUCACAAAGCUGAUAAUGUUGUCAACAAGAAAGAGACGCAAGUGCUGAGAAAUGGAGCCUGGGAGAUUGUUCACUGGGAGAAGGUAGUGGUGGGGGAUAUAGUUAAAAUAAAUGGCAAAGAUUACGUUCCUGCAGACGCAAUACUGCUGUCCUCCAGUGAACCUCAAGGAAUGUGUUACAUCGAAACAUCCAACUUAGAUGGAGAAACAAAUUUAAAAAUCAGACAAGGCCUGCAGAUCACGUCUGAAAUUAAGGAUAUUGACAGCCUGAUGCGACUGUCUGGUCGUAUGGAGUGUGAGAGCCCCAACAGACAUCUUUACGAGUUUGUGGGCAAUAUCCGACUGGAAGGCCACAGCACAGUACCACUCGGUCCAGAUCAGAUUUUGCUGAGAGGAGCCCAGCUGAGGAACACACAGUGGGUACACGGCAUUGUGGUCUACACAGGACAUGACACUAAGCUUAUGCAGAACUCUACACGACCUCCUUUGAAGCUGUCCAACGUGGAACGCAUCACUAACUUUCAGAUCCUGGUUCUGUUUGGCUGCCUGCUGGCCAUCUCACUGGUGUGCUCCAUAGGGCAGACCAUCUGGAAGUACCAGUACGGCAAUGACGCCUGGUACAUGGACCUCAACUCUCCAGACGGUGGUGCGGCUAACUUCGGCCUGAACUUUCUCACCUUCAUCAUCCUCUUCAACAACCUGAUUCCAAUCAGCCUGCUGGUGACAUUGGAGGUGAUCAAAUUCAUCCAGGCCUACUUCAUCAACUGGGACACUGACAUGCUGUAUGAAGCUACCAACACUCCAGCCAUGGCUCGAACAUCCAACCUAAACGAAGAGCUGGGCCAGGUGAAGUACAUCUUUUCAGACAAAACAGGAACACUGACCUGUAAUGUGAUGCAGUUUAAGAAGUGCACAAUAGCUGGCAUAGCCUAUGGUCACUCAUCUGAAGUGGAGGAUAGUAGUUUUGCAGAGGAGGACGGUCACAGCUCUCACUCGAUGGAGGAGGCUGGAUUUAAUGACCCCAGCUUACUGGAAAACCUCCAAAGCAAUCAUCCCACUGCCCCUGUGAUCAUGGAGUUUAUGACCAUGAUGGCAAUCUGUCAUACAGCCGUGCCUGAGCGCAAUGAGGACACAAUUGCCUACCAGGCUGCUUCUCCAGAUGAAGGUGCUCUGGUACGCGCAGCGCGGAAUCUUGGUUUUGUUUUCUCAGCCAGGACCCCGGACAGCGUCAUCGUUGAGUCUCUUGGUGAAGAGGAAAAAUAUGAACUUCUGCAUGUGUUGGAGUUCACAAGUGCCAGGAAGAGGAUGUCAGUCAUCAUGCGCACUCCAUCCGGAAAGAUCCGCCUCUACUGCAAAGGAGCCGACACAGUGAUCUAUGACCGCUUGGCAGACAAUUCCAGAUAUAAGGAUAUCACACUCAAACAUCUGGAACAGUUCGCUACAGAGGGUUUGCGUACGCUGUGUUUUGCUGUAGCGGACAUAUCAGAGUCAGUGUAUCAGCAGUGGCAGGAAGUGCAUCAUCGAGCCUGCACCUCUCUACAGAACAGAGCGCUCAAAUUGGAGGAGAGCUAUGAGCUCAUUGAGAAGAACCUGCAGCUGUUGGGUGCCACAGCAAUCGAGGACAAGCUGCAGGACCGUGUACCUGAGACUAUAGAGACUCUGAUGAAGGCCGACAUUAAAAUCUGGAUCCUGACCGGCGACAAGCAGGAGACUGCCAUCAAUAUAGGACACUCCUGCAAGCUGCUCACCAAGAACAUGGGUCUGCUGGUGAUUAAUGAAGAGACACUGGAUGGGACAAGGGAGACUCUGAGCCACCACUGCGGCAUGCUGGGAGAUGCUCUGCAUAAGGAGAAUGACUUUGCGCUGAUCAUUGAUGGGAAGACGCUGAAGUAUGCGCUGACCUUCGGAGCACGUCAGUACUUCCUUGACCUCGCACUGUCCUGCAAGGCCGUCAUAUGCUGCAGAGUAUCUCCUCUGCAGAAGUCCGAGGUGGUGGAGAUGGUGAAGAAGCAGGUGAAGGUUAUCACACUGGCCAUCGGCGAUGGAGCCAAUGAUGUGGGCAUGAUCCAAACCGCUCAUGUGGGCGUCGGCAUCUCUGGUAACGAGGGACUGCAGGCCGCCAACUCUUCAGAUUACUCCAUCGCACAGUUCAAGUACUUGAAGAACCUCCUGCUGGUCCAUGGCGCCUGGAACUAUAACCGUGUUGCUAAAUGUAUCCUGUACUGCUUCUAUAAGAACAUCGUACUGUACAUCAUUGAGAUCUGGUUCGCCUUUGUGAACGGCUUCUCCGGUCAGAUUCUUUUCGAGCGUUGGUGCAUCGGCCUGUAUAACGUGAUUUUCACAGCUCUGCCACCCCUGACACUGGGCAUUUUUGAGCGCUCCUGCAGGAAAGAAAACAUGCUCAAAUACCCAGAACUUUACAAGACAUCCCAAAAUGCUAUGGGCUUCAACACCAAGGUUUUUUGGGCUCAUUGUCUGAACGGACUCUUUCACUCAGUCAUCCUCUUCUGGUUCCCCCUGAAAGCCUUCCAGCAUGAUACAGUCUUUGGGAACGGAAUGACUCCAGACUAUCUGCUGCUGGGGAACAUGGUGUACACAUUUGUGGUGAUCACUGUGUGUCUGAAGGCAGGGUUGGAGACUUCCUCGUGGACCAUGUUCAGUCAUAUAGCUAUCUGGGGCAGCAUUGGACUUUGGGUAGUGUUCUUUGGCAUCUACUCCUCUCUAUGGCCUCUCAUCCCUCUGGCUCCGGAUAUGUCGGGAGAGGCGGAUAUGAUGUUCAGUUCUGGAGUGUUCUGGAUGGGGCUGUUCUUCAUUCCUGUCACCUCUCUGGUGUUUGAUGUGGCCUACAAAGUUAUAAAGAAGGCAUGCUUUAAGACUCUGGUGGAUGAGGUCCAGGAACUGGAGGCUAUGUCUAAGGAUCCAGGAGCUGUGGUUCAGGGAAAAAGCUUGACAGAGAGGGCCCAGCUGCUGAAGAACGUGUUCAAGAAGAGCACUGUCAGCCUGUACCGCUCCGACUCCAUGCAGCAGAAUCUACUCCACGGCUACGCCUUCUCUCAGGAUGAGAACGGAGUGGUCUCCCAAUCCGAGGUCAUCAGGGCCUACGACACCACCAAGCAGCGGACCAACGAGUGGUGAGAUCCGGCCUCCAAGGCCCGGUCCCCCUGAGCCUCAGCUGUCAGUCAACCUUUUAAAACUGGCAGAAGCUGAAGCCUGUCAGUUUGUCUUUCUCCAGCUCAGAGUUGCCUGGCAUAGAAAAACAAAAGAGCGAGAGAGAGAGAGAGCUGUACUUCGAAAGGGAAGAAUAAAAAAAAAGUAAGGAACAAAAUUAAGAUUUGUAGAUUUGAAGCAGUCACACUGCAGCGCAGUAGCUGCAAGUCCACACUGGGAUUGAGUGGCUUAAGCUGGACUACUCUGUUAACUGACCCAUCACACAGAGAGACGCUGAGAAACACUCCAUGAAUUCUCUGUCCUCUGACAUCCUCGCAACAUUUACUGUUAAAGCCAAAAACGCAGUGGUGGUGAUGGCGAUGGUAAUGAUGGUGUUAAACGUUUGUGGUAAUGGUCUUUGAUUUUGUCCCCCUAACCAGUCAUGGUGUAUCAAGCUCUCUGAAUAACAGUAUUGCUCUAAAGUAAUCCCUGUUUGUGUAGCAACAGCAGUACUGAGCAGCUCCACAAGGCUCCUGUGGAAAUGGGAAUCGCCAAAGAUGACAUCAUCAUAAUCGUCAUGACACAAACGCUGUUUAAAAAGAAAAAAAUGUUGAUGACUUGUUUGGAAACUUAAAAUAUUAUGCAGUUGUAUUUAACAGAUUUUUCCCUAAGCAUCUCCCCUCUGUACUGAUUUGGCCACUGCAGACCAAAACUAUUUGUUUUGUUUUUGAUUUUUUACCCCCCAUCCCCCUUUUGCAUGCUCUUAUUUAUGUUCCUGCCUUCAGCCAUAGAUAGUUUAACUAAU